AAAACUACAACACUGCUCCGUCGCACUCUUGAUGACGUCAGAGAGGGAUGACACGGGACCGGAAGAGGCGCAGAGAAAUAACAGAUAACAAGAUGGCAGCAGGCUCAGAUCACGGGCUGAAGAGAAUAGUCUGGAAAAGAAUAAAAGACACAAUCAUUACAGACUGCAGUAAAUCUGAAGUAUGGAAGAUAUUGAUUCUGGACCCCUUCACCACCAAGCUCCUCUCAUCAUGCUGCAAAAUGUCCGAUCUGAUGUCAGAGAAAAUAACAAUUGUGGAGGACCUGUACAAAACCAGAGAGCCUGUUCCAGAAAUGAAGGCCAUCUACUUCAUGUCACCAACCGCUAAGUGUGUGGAUGCCUUUAUUGCUGACUUCAAGCCCAAACCUAAAUAUAAAGCAGCAUAUGUUUAUUUCACUGACUAUUGUCCCGAUGAACUGUUCAACAACAUGAAGCUGUACUGCGCAAAGUACAUACGAGUCUGUAAGGAAAUAAACAUGUCCUUCAUGCCACAAGAGGCACAAGUGUUCACAUGUGAUAAUCCGGGGGCUUUCCAAAGCAUCUACAGUCCCAACAGUCAGGACAAAAAGAAGACACUGGAGACACUCGCAGACCAGCUCGUCACACUCUGUGCCACAUUGGACGAGUACCCGGGCAUCAGAUACAAGAAAGACGGCAACAUGGAGAAUGCCAAGACCCUUGCAGAGCUGGUGGACAACAAACUGGCUAAACACUACGAGCUGGAUGACAGCGGCAAGAAAAAGAAGACCCAGGCCCAGCUGCUGAUAGUGGAGAGAGGUUUUGACCCCGUCACCCCCAUCCUGCAUGAGCUGACCUACCAGGCCAUGGCUUACGACCUCAUUGAUGUCGAGAACGACACCUACAAGUACAAGGCUAAAGAUGGCUCCGAGAAGCAGGCCUUGCUGAAUGAGGACGACAUGCUCUGGGUGCAGCUGAGGCACAAGCACAUUGCUGAGGUCUCAGAACAAAUCCGCAAGUUGGUGAAGGAAAUGUCUGCUAACAAGAAACAGCCAGAUGGGAAGAUCUCAAUUAGCAAUUUGGCCCAGAUGAUGAAGAAGAUGCCCUCAUUCCGUAAACAUGUGACUGAGAAAACGAUUCAUCUGCAGUUGGCCGAGGACUGCAUGCAACUUUUCUCAAACAACGUGGAGAAACUCUGCAAAGCUGAACAGGACCUUGCCGUGGGGUCAGACGUGGAGGGGGUGAAGGUGAAAGAUCCUAUGAGGACCCUGCUGCCUGUCCUGCUUCACCAAUACAGCACCUACGACAAGAUCAGAGCUGUGCUGCUCUACAUCUUCAGCCUCAGCGGAACAACUGACGAGAACUUGAGCAAACUCAUCCAGCAUGUAAAGAUCGAGGAAGAGCGAGAGUUCAUCCUGAACUGGAAAGAACUGGGGGUCCCUAUCAUCACAUCGCCUAGUUUCUUCUCUCGAAAACCAACCAGACGGGAUCGUUCCCAGGAUCAGACAUACAACCUUUCCAGAUGGACUCCUGUCAUAAAGGAUGUGAUGGAGGAUGCUGUGGAGAACAAACUGGACGCCAAAGAGUGGCCGCACCAGUCUGAGUGUCCCGCUGCCUGGAAUGGCUCCGGGGCUGUCAGUGCCCGUCAGAAGCACAAAGGCAGUAAUCAGGACGAACGCCGGUCCGGCUCGCGCCUCAUUGUUUUUGUUCUCGGAGGCAUCAGCCUCUCUGAGAUGCGCUGUGCCUACGAGGUCACCCAGGCAGUAAAAUCCUGCGAGAUCAUCAUAGGGUCUUCUCACAUUUUGACCCCGACCGGUCUCCUGAAUGACAUCAAGGCUCUGAGCAAAGGCCCCGUGGAGACUUUGACAAUAGAGGAGAGGAGCAACGCCUGAGAGGUCUCGUACUAACACCUCCCCUAACUUCCCCCUGCCGCCCCACAUCUCAUAUCACUCGGCACAGUGCACUCAACUCAACUUCCUGAAUGGAAGACUGAAGGGAAUUUACUUAAUACUUAUCUUUUUGUUUUAAUACUCUUUUCAUACCUGGUGCACAUUCACAGUAGGCAUGAGGGCAAAUUCUCUUUUAACUUGGUCAAUAACAAAGAUUAUGAGCUGCUUAUGGCAUUUAUAGUAUGCUAAUUGACAUUUGAUCAUAAAGAUCAGUUAUGUUAGGGCUGCAACUAAAGAUUGUUUUCAUUGUCGAUUAUUUUCUUGAUUAAUCAAUUAUUUGUUUGGUCUAUAAAAUGUCAGGAAAUGGCGAAAAAUGUCAAUCAGUGUUUCCCAAAGCCCAAGAUGACGUCCUCAGAUAUUCAAAUAUAUUCAGUUUAUUGUCAUAAUAAGCCGGAAUCAGAGAUUUUUUUUUCUUAAAAAAUUACUCAAACCAAUUAAGUUAUUAUCAAAAUAGUUGCAGAUUUAAAUCAUAUUAAAAGUGAAUUGACCUCAUCCUACUAUAAACAUGUAAAAAAAUGUCUUAUCUGCCUAUCUGCGGUUGCGUUGUCCAUAAACAAAGUUUCUGGUUUUGUUACAUGUUGAAAGACCUCUGAGAAACUCUCAGAGACAGAAUGAUGGUGGAAAGUAGCGCAAAGCUAAUGUAUAUACUGUAUGUAAGCACUGAGUCCCUGCUGUGUCAUUCUGACUUUUUCAGUCACACUUUAUGUAAUUUUUCAGAGUGUUUUUAACUUAGAGUAUUUACGUUUUUGUUGAAUUGAACAACUGACUAAUAAAUGGAUGAAGUGGUUCAAA